UAUGGAGGGAAGUGAUACUGAGAGGAUGGAGAAAUACGAAGUGUAUUUUUAGCUAAUUAUGAGUUAAACGUGAUGGAAUGUAAGCCGAGCACGUCGUCGGGAGGGUUGAAAAGACAUUUGGAGGACGAAGAAAUUAAAUAUGAUGGCACGUGCAAACGUAUUUGCACGUGCCAUCAUAUUGCACAUGUAAACGUAUCUAAUCACACGUGUAAAUGUAUUUGCACAGAGCAUGCUUCCAUGCUUUGCAUGCUUGAUUCGAAGGUAUCGGAUGAAGAAACGUUUAUAAGUGAUAUUAAUGCUAUAAGUAAAUGCCCAGUCGAUUUGACAAGUAUAGAAAAUUUGUGCUUGUCAGGACAGUUUAAUCAGCUGCAGUCAAAUGAUACUCAGAUGAUAGCAAGUUUAACAUCUCAACCAUAUAUUGGAUUAAUGGAAAAGGAGAAACUACUAGUGUUGCUGGAAUUUUUAUUGAGAUUACAUAAAUCUGAAAAGUUAGAUAGUUUGAAAUUUCAAGAAAAAAGUAAAGCAUGGUCUGUUACCCAGUUAAAGAAACUUUUUUGCUUCCCAUUGACAGUUCUGAAAGAGAAGAAUUAUAUUCAUCCUUUAACUUUACAAGUUGCAAUCACUAAACUUGUCUUGAAUAUAUCUAAGAAUGUAUGUAAUGAUAAAAUACAGAAGUUACCAUCAGAAGUUAUUCAGAUAUUAUGUUCUAUGAGUAAUAUUAUGAUUAAAAUGCCUUUAAAGUUAUCAACUGAUUUUAUAGAAUCCAUAAUUUCCAUUAUUUAUGCAAUUAAUUUGAAGCAACCAAAUAUAGAAGAAACAGUUCAUUAUAUUGGUAAAUAUAUUUUUAAAGAAUUAUCUGUCAAAAAUAAUAUGAGUACUAUAACUCUUGGUAAACUUUAUUUGCUUAAUCCAAUAUUAUUAGAAGAAACAGUUUUAAAUGUUUUGAAAGAAGAAAAGUUCAAUGUCUGUGUUAAAAUGAAUGAAUAUAAAUUGCCAGAAACUGCUGCUCAUCAUCCAGUUCUAUUUCAAAAAAUUGUAAAUAUGUUUAUAUCAGCUUGGAUUUAUACUGAUGGAAAUAAGGAGAUUGCUGAAUUUUUAUCAAAAUUUGUUUACUCUGUGCAAAAUAACAACAUUGAAUUGAUAUCAUUGUUUCCUGAAAACUUGUGGCCAUUAAUUUUGUUACUUCAAACUCCAGCAACAGAUGUUCAGAGAGAUUAUACACUGGCAUCCAAAGGAUAUUUCAUUCAAGAUACAAUAAACUUUAAAAAGUAUAUUUUUAUGUCCAAUUUUUCGACGACAACAAAACUGCUUUAUUUCAUUGUUAUUAACAGAACCUACCUGUACGACCACGUCGGAGGACUACUACACUCUGAUACUUCACAUCUGUACUAGAGAAAGUAUUAAUUAAUGGGUUUUUCAUUGAAAAUAUUCUGUGGUAUAUGUGAAUUCCUGUUCUAAAGGCAAUUGGAUCAAAAAAGAAAAUUAUAAAAAAAGGAACAAAAUAAUACAAAAGAUUUAUUUAAAUAAACCAGAACACGAAAUCCUCAUAUUUCUACAAAAUUCUUGUCGUCAUUUGUAAAAGUUUUCUGAUUUAAUUUUUCACCCACUCGAGUUUCUUUCAUAUGUUCAAGUAAUUUUUAUUUUUACAUAAUUUUCAUGAUAUUGUAUAUAAAUUUAUGCAUGAAGAAAUUAUAAAGAAAUUAUUAUUAAAUAUACAGUUGAAUCAUGUAUGAACUUUUUAAACUUUUAACUUUGAAUUAUUAUUAAAAAUAAUUUCUCUUCAGUUUUUUAUUUUAUGAUUUUUUCUCUGCUUACUGAAUUAAUUCUUUACCAAAAUUUAAUUUUAAAACAUAGAUUCUGGAAUUAAAUUAUUGGAUCUUCCCUUUUAAGAUGAAAUUAUAUUUGUAUGGCAGUUUUAAAUUGCUACUGCUUCUUUGGAGUUUUUAAGAGGUCUAAAUCAGAGACCAAUAAUUAAUAUUUAAUAUCAGUUUCAAUCUGCAUGUAAUUAUUAUUAGGAAUAUUUGUAUAUUAAUUAUUUAAGUAAAUUUCUUAAUAUGAAAAAGAAGUGUAUUGAAUUUGUUGAUUAGAUAAAAUUAAGUGUAUUGUAAUCGUGAUGUUAGUCGUACCUUUCAUUAUUAAUUUUAUCUAAUCGGCAGCGUAUAAUCAUUAAAUUGAGAGGAAGUUAGUAUGUAGCUUCUUAUAAAAGUUAAAAAUACAGUAGAUCC